UUCGAGGCUCCCACGAGUUAAUAUGUGACAGGUGCGCGACAAACAAGUUUAAUCUUGAAAAUCAAUAAUUGUAUAAAUAAACUAUACAAGGAUAGCGCGUUGGAUCUUGCUGACAUUUUUACUGUUUAAGUAAACGAAAAAGGCUGUUGAUUCGCAAUUGUACAGAAGAAUCGGUGUCUGCAUAUUGUUUUUCAUCUGCUGUUUCCACUGUAAACAACAAUGGCCGCCACGCAAAGACAGAGUCGUGAAUUGAAACAGAAAUGUACAGAGAAGCUAAAAACCGCUAAAGAUCCUGUAGAAAGACUGAGACUGAUGUGUCUUCAAAGAGGUGCUAAUGGAAUCAAAGGUCUUGGAAGGACAUUCAGAAUUAUGGAUGAUGAUGGCAACAGAAGUUUAGAUGUGAAUGAAUUUAUGAAAGGUGUUAGAGAUUAUGGUGUAAUGAUGGAGAAGGACGAGAUAAAGGAAGCAUUUGGAAUGCUGGACAAAGAUGGCAGCGGAACUAUAGAUUUUGAUGAAUUUUUGAAAGCACUAAGACCUCCAAUGUCAGCAGCUAGGAAGUCAUUAAUCAGUCAGGCUUUCAGAAAACUAGACAAAACUGGUGAUGGCACUAUUACUGUGGAAGAUCUAAAAGGUGUCUAUAAUGUAAAAAAACAUAAAAAGUACCUGAAUGGAGAAUGGACAGAAGACCAAUGUUUGAGAGAGUUUCUGGACUCCUUUGAUACCCCAAAUGAAAAAGAUGGCGUGGUAACUAAGGAAGAAUUUGAGAACUAUUAUGCAGGUGUUAGUGCUUCUAUUGACAGUGAUGCAUAUUUUGACCUGAUGAUGAGAAGUGCUUGGAAAUUAUAAAAUGGAAUCACAAAAUAACAAAAGAUGAAUUUGAAAACUACUAUAGUGGGCUCAGUGCUUCGAUAGACAGUGAUGCAUAUUUUGACCUUGUGAUGAGAAGUGCAUAUCAACUCAAGUAGUGAAUAAACUUUUAUAGUGGAGCUACCCAUUGCAUUAAGACGGCAAUUUGGAAGAAGAAAAAAAAACACGCUACACAAAAUUUAUUAUUCAUCUUUUACAUUUUGUUAACUGAUUUAGAAAAACUAUUUUUAUAUAGCAGGCUUUUAAAAGAGGUAUUAAUAUUUCAUAAAAAUUUGACACUGAACUUUUUUACUAUAAUUUGUUAACAUCUACCUCUUAAUUAUGUCAAGUAUGAAGUUAUUUUACAAUAUUUCAUUAUGUUUCGUUUUGUAUAGGUUACUUUAGUAGGAAUUAUAUACGGGGAAUCUCACACAUGUGUAGAAGACCAAAACUAUAGGUGCCAAGCUUUUAGAUAUAGCAAGAGAUUUUAGAAUAUAAAUUUUAGGAUAAAUAAUAUUUAAAUUUUUUACUCUUCUGAAAUUUUUCCACUUUUUAAUGUUGCUGUCUUAAAUUCAGCCAAGACUGUGAUAAAUUUUAGAUAGAUUUUUAUCAUUUUUUGAAUUUUAUUCAUAUGUAUGUGUGCUCAUAUUUAAAAACAAAGGUGUUGGUGAUUUUGGUCUGGCAAUCACACCAAUUUACUUUUAUCUUUGUCAGUUUCAAGUUAUAUCUGGAUUUCAUUUUUCAAAUGAAAGUUAUAAUUUUACAGUUUAACCAUAUGUAAUUGGAAGACUGUGAAAUAUAAGCAUCCAUUUUCACAUGCAUUAUUCAUUUCUACAUUCUGAUAUUUCUGAUAUAAGGUUGUAUAUAAAUUGUAAAUACACAUUGUCACCUUAGUGCAGUAAUGGAUUAACGCCUUGUAUGAUAUAAUAGGAGUUAACCCAUUAUCGCACAGUUAAGGUAACAACAUACUUAAUGUGCUCAAUUAAAUGACAUUUUUAGUGGCAUAUUUAAUUUUCAUCAUAACUACAAAAAUUAAUAAAUUGAAAAUAGUACACAGUGAAAGAAAACUUAAUCUCUUCAUGAGAGAUUUGGAAUAUAAUCAAGAAAUACGAGUAUUACUGUAUUUGGCACCUUUGUAUAAUUUUUCUUUGUACUUUCUCAGUUUUGGCUUAACUUGUAUAUCUCUUCCUGUUUUUAUCUUAUGCUCAUUUUGUUAGGACAUUAUCUUUUAUUUAUUAGUAAAGUGUACAUAGAUA